AGUUAUGCAAAUCCUGAAGUGAAGUUCCCUCAGUAGCAGCACUCUACUGUGACAGCAUUUAGCUUGACCGAUAUUUCAUUUUCUGUUUAAUUAGCAAAGUUAGGGAGGUUCUGAUAGCCAUAUAUCACGGAGGAACCACUUCUCCACUGAAAGGGAUUGAAAGACGGCGUUUUCGCUAUGUUCGUACCAAGAGGUUCCCGUUAACUGGUAAUUAAAGCUGGUAGCUAACAGCUAGCAUAACGUUAGCUAUCCAACGAUUUCGCCGGUACAGGCGGACCUCUUUGUCUGACAGGGGAAGGCGUGCUCUUUUGUUAGGCUUUUUCCCUUUGUCCAUUCGGGAAAGAGGAACUGUUAAGUCAGGAUUUCGCAAUUAACUGCAGUUCUAAACGUGUUUAGAAAAUGCAAAUCGCGAAAAAAUACUUCACAGAAGGCCUGAUUCAGUUGACGAUCUUGCUCAGUUUGAUUGGAGUUCGUGUGGAUCUCGACAGCUACUUAAGCGGCUACUAUACGCCUCUGAUAGAGAUUAACUUGGGUCCUAGCUCAGCCUACACCCAGACACCCUUUCAUAAUUUGAGAGACACUCUUGACGGAUACAGCGUGCACCCAAAAUGUCCCGAGUUGGACUAUUUCUUCGCAAGUCGCCGGCUACUAGACGAAGUGAGGACUCUUGGUUCCCCGCGGUUCCCCACACAGUUGAACGCGUGGCUGGUGCACCAAGUAUCUGCAACUGACAAGGCUGACUGUGGGCAUCCCUCAACCAGCAACAACAGCACUGACACCAACUCGGGGCUGGAAAGCUCCGGGUACGAAGCCAGUGAUGACAGUGACCACCUGCUUGACAGUGGCCCAGAGCUGUGCCAAACAAUCCCCCAAGUCGGACAAGGGCCUUGUAGCGUUGGAGCCUGCGGGUUUCUGAAAGAGGACAAUGAUGUUAAAGUUAAAGAGGAGGAGGAACCCGCUCCACUCACUCAGCUGGCUCACAGUUCCACACUGGAACAAGAGAGCCUGCUUGAGGGCAUCACUACACUGUCUGAUCCAGUACGCCUCCCUCCUCCUACCACUGAUAUUGACCAGCAUUGGAGCCAUUUACUCUCGCUGUCUGUCACUGACCUCGAAGAGUUGGAUUCCCUUGUUACUGAGCGUCUGUCAGACCUCGACACGGACAUCACCAGCGCCAUUAGCCAAGAUGUCAGUUUGCAUGAUGCCAUGGUAACCAGUGCUGGAGCCUUUGGUGUGACAUCGGAGAGAGCUGACGGCAGGCCAGUCAGCCAACAGCAAAGGACCCUAUUUCGACUGGAAUCCACUGGCUCCUCACAAUCAGAUGCUUCACCAGGGAUGGCCAUGGGCCUGGCUGCACUCCCCUUUGCCUCAGUGUGUAAUUUAACUAGCAAUGUGUCAUCGCAAAGCGCACUGGGUGGCAGCCUAGAUGAGGCAGUCUUUGACGAGAUCAAUCAACUGGGUUUGGAGGGCUUGGACACCAUGGAUACCCAGCUGUUGGGCUGUUUGGAGAGCAUAGACCCACAGGUCCUCGAGGACUUGGACUCAGACUCCGGUCUCUCCUUGGAGAGCAGCUCUGGAGGUCCAGUCUCCCCAGGUUCAUCCGAGAUGUCAUCAUCAUCCAGUUCAUACUGUGAAGAUGAGUGUGGAGCUACAGGCUACAGCAGCGAGGUGGAUUCAGUCCCCUCUAAAGGCAUCAUGGACUACACCACAACAUGGUCGCCUGUGGAUCUGAGUGAGAGUGUAUGGCAUGACCACAGCUACUCAUCUCCUGCAUUUUUCAACCAGCCAUCAGUAACACUUCCCCAUAAAGGCAUCAAAGAGGAACCUCUCAGCGAUGAUGAUGGUUCAUCAAGUUUAGAAGAGCGGGAGCUGAGUCGAGAUGAGCUGCGCGCCCGUGCUUUGUGCAUCCCGUUCUCUGUCCUACAGAUUGUCAACAUGCCUGUGGAGGAGUUUCUGGAGGUCCUUGACGGUCACGGCUUCUCCCCUGAACAGGUGACACUCCUGAGGGACAUCCGCAGGCGGGGGAAGAACAAACUGGCAGCACAAAACUGCCGCAAGCGCAAACUAGACGCCAUCACUGGGCUCCAGGAGGAGGUGGAAAGGCUGCAAGCUCAGAGAGACAGGUUACUGAGGGAGAAACAGCUUACAGCCAAAACAAUGGGUGCUGUGGGCCAGCAGAUAGAGCAGCUCACCAGAGACGUCCUGGCCCGGCUGAGGGAUGAUUCAGGACAGCCCCUAAACCCAGAAAGAUUCACCCUGCAGUGCGGGGCUAAUGGGAGGGUCGUAGUUCAGCCUGUGAGAAGGCCCGCUGUCUCCACAUCAACUGGCAACAAAACGGACAAGAGGAAGAAGGAAAAAAAGCAAUGAUGCAGUAUUGCCAGCGAAGACUUAAGCUUUUAGGUUUUUGGAUAUUUCUGAACUUUCUUGCCUGACUCUGGUUUUGGGAUCUCCGCUUUUGUUAAAGUGUGUGUGUGGAUUCACCGCUGUUGGGAGCCUAAAACAGCAAAAGCUGCAAAAAACAAAAACAAACACAAAAAAAAAAAGAAACUCGAACAUGAAUAAAUAAAAAUUCUCUGUAAAUAAAAAUUCUCAUGGGAACAAUGUAGCUUACACACUGGACAUCCUUUGCUUAUUAAAGAUGGAGAUGGCACCCUGGGCAUUUAAGGGAACAGCUAAGCUACAGGCGAUGCUACCUGUUAACAUUAUAAAGUCAUUGAAUCUUACCGUUUUUACAGACUGACGAUAGCAUAGACAACCAGACAUGUCUAAAAGUCAACAUGGCCGCCAAUGUGACAGUUACUAGAUGGAAAUCGUGGAGGAGGAGUUUGUUUGUUUUUAUGUAGCCUUGCCUCUCAAUGUAUACCUAUACAGUACACGCAGGAGGUGAAAGAUUGUAUUUAUUAAAGUUUCUGACGUUCCUGUAAUGCAUAUAUGCAUCAUGAGACUGUCAAGGGCAGUAUCUUUUUUUUGUUUUCAUAAUGGCAACUUUAUCUCAAAGUGCUAAGAAUAUCGGGACAUUACGUAUCUAAAGUUUACAAAUUUGUUUCAGAUGUUUGAGGGUGUGUACUGUUCACUAGAAAUUGAAAUUGAACUGCCUAAAAAUAGAUUUUGUUCCUUAUGUCUUGAUGACGUACAGUAUACCAAUGAUUAAACUGACAAGGCCUUAAUUUGCAUUCGAUAAGUGUUUUUGUUAUUGUGUGUGUGUGUGUGUGUGUACAUGAUCCACAGAUGCACAUUAUCAUAUCAAAAAUGUUUUUGAGAGGCUACGGUUUAUGAUUUAAAUUACUAUUGAAUAUAUGAUUUCAAGCACAAUUUUGUUUAAUCCCCUCAUUUUAAGUACUUAAGAGUUUUGGCAAGAUUAUAUUCUACCUCACGCCUUAGUUUAUGUUAUAGAUUUUGGCAAAAUUUUAAAAAAAACAAAACCCUUUUAGGGGAACUUAAGUGCACUCAACUACAAAUCCCUCAUUAUUAAAAUGGCCCUAAGUGGACCUAAACUAUCCCUGUUAAAAAAAAAAAAAAAAAAAAUGAAAACAAUCAACUCUAUUUAAUAGGAUUGAAUGUUGUUUGGAUGUUGCUUUUUAUAUAUUUGAGAUUAUCUGAAAGAGUUGAAUUAAGUAUUUAGAAGUUGCCAUCUUAUUCAUGGUCUCUCCGCUUUAUAUAGUCAGCCGAGUGAGUGAGUUAAAUGGAGAGAGGUGCACAAAGUAGUUAAUGGUGUGACUCAUGAAGUAUUUUUUUUUCCCUAGUUCCUCACAAAUUUGUAUUUCAUUUUCUGGUUUGACAAAGAUUUUACUUUUCUGUUUGUAUAAACUUCAAACUGUUUUUUUUCUUUGUUGCUGGGGGCAGAUGUUUUUGAUUGCAUGGUGAUUGUUGAAUGUUGAUAGUAUGAUUUUGCGUAGGGAAGUCAAAAUGCUCUUGCAGACAUGGUUCUUUCUGAUUAAAAAACAAACAAAACAACCACAACAA